GUUCAAGUACGCUUCUUGUCCUGGAACCUGCGACCAGGCUGCUGAAUUGUGUCUACCUUGACGGUGCAACAGUUCGCCGCAGACAUUGCUCGUUGUUGAAGCAUUAUAUAGCAUACUAGCCAUAACAAGCAGCGAUCUGAUAAGGAAAUGAAACGGCUGUAGCUAAGCAACGCCGCUUGACUUCGCACGCGGUGACGGGCGGGGCCAUGGCUGGGUGUCAAAGCUGCCGGCUGCUGUUGCUAUGUGCAUAUGUGGUCCUAAGCGUGAUACAUAUAGAGGCGACACCGUUGCCACACGUUGAUGACUGCUACUUGUGUCACAAAUGCCACACCGGCAAGCCACCGGGCCGCCACCUGCUGGCUCGGAUGUUGGGUGCGGCAGAACCCUUGUGGGACCUCUCCGCCGGCGCAGACACCAGCAGCGGCAGCGCAGGGAUAGAUAGCUCGGCCUCCAGCUCAGAGGCUAGCGACACUGGGAGAUCGCUUUUAGCUAAGUCCAAGAAGCCGGCUAAGAAAGAGGAGCAGAUGUACGUGCCGCCGGGCUUCAAGUUCAACAUCAUGCCCAUGAAGGAUGAGAUUGCAGCCAAGAGCUUGAAGCCAAACUGCACCGAGUGCUAUGGCUGCGACACGCAGAUUCAGCCGCUACAGGCCGCCGCCGCCACAAAUCAGCUAGGUCAGAACAUGAAGAUAGAGGUCGGGGCCUCGCCAGAGUGGCUCUUCUUUGCGGACCUGCCGGAGACCGCCAACACGGGCCGCAAGGCGGUGCUCAAGGUGUGGUGCAUGCCCAUUGACAAGGUGCACGGCACCUUCUCUUGGCGCUGCAGCAACACGGCGGAGGGCGCCAAGGCCGUGCAGUUCCUGCUGGCGCAGCAGAAGGUGAUGGAGGAGUGCGGCCUGUUGGACGUCACCAUCAAGGUGUGGCCCGGCCGCGUGAACGCGGUGGUGCCCAAGCACGGGCUGCACGUGUGGUGGGACGGGCUGUGGAUGGAGAAGGCGGAGGGCGUGUCGCUCAACCAGCUGUCUUACAAGCGGCAGCGCAACUUCGUGGCCGAGAGCCUCACGACGAUGCUGGGCCCGCGUCUGAACCGCAGCCGCGUGGUGCGUGCCGCCAUCUACGACCUGCUGUCUAGCCAGUGCGACCGGCACGCGCAGAACGUGUUCAUCACUGAGCAGGGCGAGGUCAAGCUCAUUGACAACCUGCAGGCGCUGCAGUUCAGCUGGGUCAACUGCGCGGUGGACUCCAUCUUCCUGCCGGGCACCCAGAAGAACAUGAUCAUUAGGUGGGGCGGCAACAUCGUGGGCAAGGCGCGCGGCGCCAAGCCCCGCCGCUCCGUGAACCCCAUGGUGGUGCUGGAUUACCGCUGCUACACCCCGGGCGGCCAGCUGGGCACCAACUACGACCCGCAGCUGAAGGAGUGCCUGAAGAAGCUGUCGGGCAUGAGCGCCAAGCAGAUCCAGCUGGAGUACGGCUUCCCGUACGAGUGGAGCGCCAACGUGCUGCAGAUGCGCGCGUCAGACCUGUACAACAAGGGUUUUGAGUGGACGCUGCGCUACGGCAAGCCGCGGUCGUUCAAGCCUAAGUCCUACCGCCAGCAGCCACCCUGCUGCAACCUGACGGUACCCAACCCCAAGUCGUCCGUCAUCCAGUGCGGUCACGACUGGCAGGACCACAUAGAGACGCCCUUUGGCGACCCCAUGGGCGGCGGCGAGUGGCGGCGGCCGUACCCGGACCCUGGCACGUACGAGGGCGGAACUUUUGUGGACGAGCCAUUUGAGUGAGCGUGACGCACGCGCGACGGGUGGUGCCGAUGCGCUGUAAGGGCGUACAGCAUGUGUAGCAGGACUGUGACGUGUUGCAGAACUUCUCAUUAUUGCGCUCACGGGCGUGUACAUGGGUUGAGGGUUGGUAGUCACGCGCCGGAGGCUCAGCGUGGGAGGAGUGUGCUGCGCUUGCCAGCGCUUGCCACCAUGACUCGACGCGUGCUUGCGCAGCGGCUAGGCCUAGGGUGCUGGUGGGGAUGAGGGUUGCUAGGCUGCACAUGUACGGCUUGAGCGCCAGACACCACCGCCCAUGCACCGCUGCUUGGAGCGGACUAUUAGAUAGGUGGCCGUGGGUAGUGGCCCCAUUGGUAACUCGCCAGGACAAACAGAUAUCGGUAAAGGUAUUGUCAUCACUUACACUGGAGGCAUGCGCAGAGUCAAGAAUAUCUUGAAGCUGGUCGCAGACUCGAAGGUGCCAGGUUUGCAGGGCUGGGGGCUGAACUCCUGCUGCCAUUAUUGACCUGGGCUGCGCUGUGGGCGCAGGCACAGCGUCGAUGCGCAGCGCCAGGCCGCCAGGGCGCAACUCUGUGUAAGCUCAUAUAAAU